AUGAAUUCAGAAUUAUUAGAAAAUGAAAUUUAUUAUAAUGAAAACGAUGAACUCUGUUUAAAUUGUGGUAAUCUUUAUUCACAUGUAGAGGCAGAUGAAUUCAAAAAUAUCCAUGAUUUCAUAAAAAGUCAACAACAAAAAGCAAGAAGUCCAUAUGAAUUCUUUGAGUGGAUACCUUACGAAAAAUUUGAAGAGGUCACCCAAAUUGGAAAAGGUGGAUUUGCCACAAUUUAUUCAGCAACUGGGAUAAAAGGAAUUUUAAGACAUUACAAUGAGGAAGAUAAUGGAUUUUUUCGGUAUGAUGCGGCUGUCGCUCUAAAACGUUUGCAUGAUUCAAAUGAUAGUUUUUUAAAUGAGGUUGGAUAUUAUCCAGUCAAAUUUAAAGAUAAAGGAGUACUUCGAUGUUUUGGUAUCUCUCAAAAUCCACAAACCAAAGAAUAUGUUAUGUUCUUGAAUUAA